AUGAACGCGAACGAUAUAUCGGUAACGGUUAGUGCACCGGCAUCACCCCUUGCCGCUUCUCCUGAGCGUGUCCGCAAACAAUUUUCUGAAGUGGACUUGACUGGUCGGACAGUUCUCAUCACGGGAACAACUGCCGGCAUUGGUAUGGAAACGGCUCGAACAUUAGCUCUGAAAGGAGCCCAUGUGAUCAUGGCGAAUCGGAAUAUCGUUCUAGCUGAGGCGUUGAAGAAUCGAGAUACUUGCAGAGAAGCCGGACGCGAAAGUCGAUUUGAUCAUUCUGUACAGGCAGCCGCACAGGAGUACAAGGAACAGCAUUGGCCUCUCCAUGCGCUCAUACUAAAUGCAGGUGUCUUCAUGCCAGCGCAAAAGACAAAGACUACGAUAGAUGGAUUGGAGACGUCAUUCGGUGUGAAUCACGUGGCUCAUCAGUAUCUUGUUCGGGAGCUUUUGCCGCUGCUGAGGCAGUGCAAGGCAAGGGUCGUCGUCGUCUCCUCACAUUCACAUAAUCAUACUGGGUUGAAACCGGAAAUGUCUGUGGACGAGAAACUAGCGAAACUCUGUCCGACUGAAAGCAACGAUUUCGGCUACAAGCUUUAUGCGUAUUCAAAACUGUGCAAUGUGUUGAUGGCAAUGAAACUUCAUCGUGACGAGCACAAGAACGGCAUAUCCGUUUAUGUACUCCAUCCAGGAACAAAUAUAGCAACAGAUAUCUCACGGAGUUGGGGAAUGGUUGGCACCCUUUGGAAAGCUGUAACAAAACCAUUUGUGAAAUCGCUGGAACAAGGAGCUGCUACUACCGUCUAUUGUGCAGCAUCUCCAGAAGUACGAGAUGUCAGCGGCAAGUACUGGGAAUCGUGUUGGGACGAUGAGAAGAACUUAUGCGUAGAGUUAGCCCGAGAUGAGCAUCUCCAAAAUGCGCUCUGGGAAAGGACCGACAAAAUAUUGGACAAAUUUGAAGCCAGCCGACAGCCUAUCAAGAUCGUGGGCGAUUCAUGA